AUGACCACAAUCCCACAAACUCAAGACCUUCCGAGACCGGGUGGGUUUCCAUCUAUUCGAUACAAGCGAAACUUACCAAAAAGGGGGCCUUCUGGAGCAGUUGUACUUACAGCUAUGGCUGCUAUAAGUGCAUACGGAUUUUAUCAACUUAAACGUGAAAAAAGUUGGGGACGUAUACAUUUAGUGCCAUUACUUCAAGCUGAAUUAGAUCGUGAUACAUAUCGUCGUACUUUAGCUGCUUUAGAUCGUGAAGCCGAAAUAAUGAAAGAUGUUCCUGGUUGGAAAGUAGGCGAGAGUGUUUAUCAUAACACUAGAUAUAAAAUGCCAACACAUAUCGUCGUUCCUGAAAAAGAUGUUUAA